GCCAUGUCCUUCUUCCGCAUCCAACUGCACCGCUCCGCCAUCGGUCUGCCCGAGCGGACGCGGGGCGUCCUCGCCGCCCUGGGCCUCCGGAAGAGGACCCAGACCGUCUUCCACCCCGUCACGCCCCAGUUCGCCGGUAUGAUCAUGAAGGUCAAGGAGCUGGUCACGGUCCGGGAGGUCGACAAGGCCCUCAACUCCAAGGAGAUGCGCGUCGAGAGGAGGCCCGAGAGGGGGUUCUGGCUUGAGACCCCGGCCACGAGGGUCGGCGUGGUGAGGCCGUUCAGGGAGAACAACGUGUAAAACCCGCGCAGGAAAACUAGGACUGGGGAACGAAAGAGAGGCAGAGAGAAGGGGGGGGAGAGAGAGAGAGAGAGAGAGAGAGAGAGACGGAUUGGCUGGUGAGCGAUGGGCUAUGAGUCCGUGAAGGACAUGCGAGGUGCUCCUCCGUCCUUGAACAGUUGCUUUUGGAUUGCCAGGCACAAGGUGGAAAGUAGCCGGCAAGCCGUGGUAUGGAGAAUGGGGGUGGCAAGGUCCAUUGCCUCUGCAACACCCGUACCAACUCCCAUGUACAACAAUCUGUACAUAAAAAUCAAGCAUUGUAUCAUACACAAACUACCUCAUACCACAGGCACAGUGAACUUGAGGACCCAGCUAGCCGUGCUCCAGCAUCAGCCUUUACAUGCCCAAGCAUAUCUACCUGAAUACAUGUAUCUCCCCAGCACAACCAGAUCCAUCAUGCUCAUCCUACGCCUCCUCGGCUCCCUGCGCCAGUGCCUAGCCAUCAUCCCACCACCACCACCACCCGCUCCCCAAGCUCGUUUCCAAAGAAGUGCGCCACGCACUCGCCCGGGUCCAGGCAGAGGACGGUGGCGAUGUGGCGGAGUUUUGUUUGCCAGGCCGGGGACCAGGGAGAGGAAAGGGGGGGGCAGUGUCGGAUCGGGUGCUGGUUGUGUUGGCACCAGUCUUCUCGGUAGAUCUGUUGACACAUAUAGUGUUGGUUUGGUUUCUGCGGGAGAGAGGGGGGGUUUUUUUUGUGUAUUUUUAUUUACAUUUAUAAAAAUGAAAAGAAGGUCUACAGAUGGAACAAACUGCGGAUGGGAAUUUCUUUACGUCGAGAAAUACCUG